UCAAUUAUGUCCGGCGAUUUGUGACAUAUUUUAAUCUGUUUUUACUACUUACUGCGUUGUUUUUCGAUUGACAAGACGUUACGGUCACAGUAAUCUAUUUUAAUAAAUCAAUAAAUAACAAUAGUCAAUUUCUCUUAAGCAAGUCGCCUAGUUGCGGCUUCUAAAGACAACAAUGGGAAAGAUAUCUUUAUUUUUUUUGGCGCUGAUCGCCAGCUCCGUAAUGGCACUAUAUAGGGUCCCAUUACAUCGUAUGAAAACUGCGAGAACCCACUUUCAUGAGGUUGGCACUGAACUGGAGCUGUUGAGAUUAAAAUAUGAUGUGACUGGCCCUUCACCCGAACCAUUGUCAAAUUAUCUUGAUGCUCAGUACUACGGAGUGAUCAGUAUCGGCACGCCGCCGCAGUCGUUCAAGGUGGUAUUCGACACCGGAUCCUCCAACCUCUGGGUGCCUUCCAAAAAGUGCCACUACACCAACAUCGCUUGUUUGCUGCACAACAAGUACGACAGCCGCAAGUCCACGUCGUACGUCGCGAAUGGCACCCAGUUCGCGAUACAGUACGGCUCCGGCAGCCUCUCCGGCUUCCUCUCCACUGAUGAUGUCACCGUGGGCGGGCUCAAGGUGCGGCGCCAGACGUUCGCCGAGGCCGUGUCGGAGCCCGGGCUUGCCUUCGUGGCUGCCAAGUUCGACGGGAUCCUCGGGAUGGCCUUCAGCACUAUCGCAGUGGACCAUGUGACCCCGGUGUUCGACAACAUGGUGGCUCAGGGACUCGUGCAGCCCGUCUUCUCGUUCUAUCUCAACAGGGACCCCGGGGCGACAACAGGCGGCGAGUUGCUGCUGGGCGGCUCCGACCCCGCCCACUACCGAGGCGACCUCGUACGGGUGCCCCUACUCCGGGACACGUACUGGGAGUUCCACAUGGACUCUGUCAAUGUCAACGCUAGCCGCUUCUGUGCCCAGGGCUGCUCGGCCAUCGCCGACACGGGCACGUCGCUGAUCGCCGGGCCCUCCAAGGAGGUGGAAGCCCUCAACGCGGCGGUGGGCGCCACGGCCAUCGCCUUCGGGCAGUACGUCGUGGACUGCAGCCUCAUACCGCACCUGCCGCGAGUCACCUUUACCAUCGCCGGGAACGACUUCACGCUCGAGGGCAACGACUACGUGCUCCGGGUGGCACAAAUGGGGCACACGGUGUGCCUGUCCGGCUUCAUGGCGCUGGACGUGCCGAAGCCCAUGGGCCCGCUGUGGAUCCUGGGGGACGUGUUCAUCGGCAAGUACUACACGGAGUUCGACGCGGGGAACCGCCAGCUCGGGUUCGCGCCCGCCGUGUGAGCCGCGCGACCGCUUGCAUUAAUUAAACAUUUUCAUUAAUU